AUGGAUUACUUUGCCUCCUAUGCGGAGGCCGAAGACGGCUCUUCUGAGGUGUGUGGGGGGUCUCCAGAGCAGCAGCAGCCGCAGCAGGAGCAUCAGGAGCAGCAGAAGCAGCAGCAGGAGCAGCAGGAGCAGCAGAAGCAGCAGCAGGAGCAGCAGCAGCAGCUGCAGCAUGAAAUAAAGCUGCUAGCCCCUUUAAAUAGCGCUCCUUCAACCAUUCAAGGAGCUGAGCUGUCUAUACAGCAGAAAAGGCGCUGUCUCCUCAGACCUGAAGACAGAGAACUUAUGCAUAACCCCAAAGUAGAUGUUGUAGAGGCACCCAUCGUUGGCCCCUUAACCCCUUUGCAAGAGCGUCAAGGGGGGCUUCGUUAUGUGUAUAGACAGCGUUUAUGCGGAGAUGUUGAAGAAGCACAUUUAUCUCGUGCUGCCUUUGAUCAGCAGUUUUAUAAAUUUGCUUCUGAAGGGUUUGCUGCCGAUCCUUCGGAUGGUGCUGCUGCUGCUGCUGCUGCUGCUGCUGUCGCAGCAGCAGAAGCAGGAUAUCCAAACCCACAACCUCUUGUUGAAGCCCCUAUUCGUGUAGCGGAGUUCAGUCCGCUGCCUUUGCCCCCCACCACCAGCAGCAGCAGCACCAGCAGCAGCACCAGCAGCAGCAGCAGCAGCAGCAGCAGCAGGCCUUUGAGCCGGAAGGAAAGAAGAGCUCAGAGACCCCACAGAAACACCGACGUAGAAAGCCCUGAUUAUCAGGGGCCCUGGGCGGUGUACGUACACCCCAAAGAUGCAGCAGCAGAAGCAGCAGCAGCAGCAGCAGCAGGAGGUGAAGCAGAAGGUGAUGGUGAGGUAGUGGUUGAGGAGGGCUCUGCAGGCGCAGCAGCAGCAGCAACAUCAGCAGAUGCUACAUCCCCAGGAGCAGCAGAAGCAGCAGAAGCAGCAGCAGCAGCAGCAGCAGCAGCAAAGCCUGAGGGUGAAGGGAAGCUAAAGAAGGAAGAGUCAUCUUCAUCUUCAUCAUCAGACUGUAUCUUUCACAUAUUGAAUAAGUACGAUUAUCAAGGCCGCUCUUGGCUGUGUGCCCCCUCUUCUUCUUCUUCUUCUUCUGCUGCUGCUGCUGCUUCUGCUUCUGCUUCUUCUUUUGGUGCUUCUUCAUCUUCAACGGAGUAUUUUUUACCGAAGAGAGAAGUCUGUUCUUUA